AUGGACACUUUCACCGCGGAGGAUCUGUCGACGAUCGGAGGAAUAGCCACCGUCUCGCUCCUUCACUCGUUUAUUCCGACGCACUGGUUACCUUUCUCCAUCGUUGGACGCGCGCAGAAAUGGACGCUUUCUAGAACCCUCUUCGUCACUGCAUUUGGAGCAGUCCUGCAUGUCAUAUCCACUGCCCUUCUUGGUAUAACAGCGAUCACAAUGGCGAAUACCAUCGCCGGUGAAGAGACUGUUCACAAACUUGCUUCCCUUUUGCUUGUAAUUCUCGGUGGAAGCUAUGUCUUGCUGUUUUUAGCUGGUAAAGGUGGUCACACUCAUUCUCAUAACCAACCUAUGGAGAAAAUGGCUGUUGCUGGGCUUGUCCUUGUUCCUGCACUAUCUCCUUGUGCAACGACUCUCCCUGUUUUCCUCGCUGUUGGAAAUUCAAAGCCGAUGAUGGUUCUCGCCAUCAUAGUUCUGCUGAUCAGUACCAUAUUGGUGAUGACAUCGCUGGUGGCUCUAUCGUUCUAUGGUGCAAGCCAGCUGAAGUUUCACUGGGUGGAGCGAUACGACAAACUACUGGUGGGUUCGGUCCUGUGUCUGGUAGGUAUCUUAACCCUUCUCUUCCAUGAUCAUGACCAUGGUGAUCAUGAAGCACAUCAACUCCACAGGAAAAUCAUCACUCUCUAA